GAACUUGAAGAUUUACCGUCGAAAUUUAUGAUUCGGUGUCGCGAUGUUGUAAUUUUGUGUGCAUCUUUCUCAUUUACAAUUGCUGUUGCAUGUUUCAUGAUAUUGUACAUCAACGACAAUCAAUGCCAAAAUGCAUUGGAAAUUGAGAAGAUCGUUGAGAAAAUUCUUAUUGAACGAGACUUGCAAUUAUCAAAAACAGUUGAAAGAAAUUUUGAUGCAAUAAAAGAUGAAGAUGUUGAAAGAAGUAAACGUGCUAUCAAUGAUUACAGAGUUCAAAAGCAUGUAAACACGGGUGGCGAAGGAUCUGUAGUGGAAUUCUUUAAUCCAAGACUUCGACCUGAACUGGAGAAAAACGACACUGAAAUUAUGAAGAAAAGUGGACUAAAAGGUGCAGCACCGAAAGGUGACUCUUGGGUCUGGUUGACAUCUUACAGUCGAAUUCCUUUUGAAGCAAUCGAAGGGUUUUGCAAGAAAACGAAGGAAUACUGUCCACCAGGGCCAGCGGGAUCGUAA